AUGACCUCUUUUGACGAGACACAAGUCAUACUAAAGAGGUCUUUCCGUGGGCUGAAGGUAGGGGCUUUGGUAGAAAGUAACAUAUUUCAUUUCCCAAAAAAGCCCAUCUUUUCUGUUGUGUCCGCCGUCUCCGCAGUUGUGGGUGAGUUCUUCUUCCUCCUUUGGGCUCUACUUCUCCUCCCACUGAACCCAUGGCGUCGCUCUCGAACACCUUCCCAUCGUCCUUUUUGUUCCCAAUCCCGCUCUGGUUUGUUCGCCGCUCGGCCCCAAAGAUGCCCCCUGUCGAUUAGGAGGAGAGGGAUCGCGUAUGCUUCGUCCGGCUCUCCUCGUCGCUCGCUUGUCUGCGAAGCCGUCUCCGUGAAACCGCAGACGGAGAUCGAACGCCUCAACAUAGCUGAAGAUGUGUCUCAGCUUAUAGGGAAGACACCAAUGGUAUAUCUAAACAAUAUUGUAAAGGGGUGUGUUGCAAACAUCGCUGCCAAACUUGAGAUUAUGGAACCUUGUUGUAGUGUUAAGGAUAGAAUAGGGUAUAGUAUGAUAGCCGAUGCAGAGCAAAGGGGGGUUAUAACUCCUGGGGAGCGACAGCGGCGAGCAGCGGCAGCGGGAUUAGGAGCGGUGAGCAGCGGGAGGCGCGAGCGGCGACAGAGGCAGCGUUUGCGAGUAGCGACAGUGGCGAUAGGAGCGAUGAGCAGCGGGAGGCGCGAGUGGCGACAGAGGCAGCGUUUGCGAGCAGCGACAGCGGCGAGCGGCGACAACGGCAGCGUUUGCAAGCAGCGACAGCGGCGAGCAGCGAGAUCAGGAUCGGGAUCGGGAGUGGCAGCGGCAGCGGAUUAGGGUUGGGUAAGGGUUAUAUCGGUUUAGUUGGUUCGAUUGAACCAACUAACCAACCGAACCAGACCUAAAAUCUUGGUUCGGUCGCCUUGGUUUACCCAGGCGCUCGCCUGAAGCGCCCAGCGCCCGAGCUCGGGCGAGCGCCUAGGCGGCGCCUGUUUGAAGCGUGCCGCCUGGGAGAUUAGCGAGGCGCUCGGGCCUCGCCUCGCCUCGCCCGAGCGCCUAGGCGAGCGCCCGAGCGCCUUUUUCAAUCACUGACCCUCCUGUCAGAUUUUCUUCGAUUCAAGGAAAAGAGAGGAAAGGAAGAGAGAUUACUACUAAAUUGAAGUUAAAUUAGCUGCAUAAAGUAACAGUUGAGUAUUUAAUCACGAGAUCUAGCCUUACCAGCAUCUACUUUUAUUGUGUUCUGAGACAAUCUAAUCUCGUCACCCCAUACAAUUCUAUUAAAGGAGAGCUCUGAAAUUCAUCAAAUACUACUCCGAUUAUAUGCUCAAUUUGCCUUAUAUGACAACUAUAGAACGACUCAGAUACAAAGACUCAAAAUUUGUCAGAUAUCAACUAUACCAAGCUAGAUCUAGGAAUCACUUCAUAUCAGUCAUCAAUAGUAAAAAGGAAUUUGUCAUUCCAGAUGUUGCUGUUGAAAUUGGUUUCCUGUUGUUAUAGUAGUUAAUUAUUAGUUAUAGUAAGUUAGGUUUAAUAUUUUAACUCACAAUUUGACCUAGAGAAAACAAAUCCUUCCUAUUCAAGCUGUUGAACUAUUCUUGACUUUCUCUGGUGAUGGCCAAAUACAGAAACUAUAUUUGAUGAAUUUCAGAAAGGUUAACUUUAGAUAAACAUAGGCUUAAAGAUUUAGGCAGCUAAUAAGCUCAUUGGCCAUGUGUGUAGUGUUUUUCUUAAUCAUUUGUGCUUAUUUUACAACAGAUAUCAAGUGAUGAAGCUGUUGAAACUGCAAAACAGUUAGCUCUCCAAGAAGGAUUGCUGGUUGGUAUUUCUUCAGGAGCAGCAGCAGCUGCUGCCAUGAAAGUUGCAAGGAGACCAGAAAAUGCUGGGAAACUUAUAGCGGUUGUAUUCCCAAGCUUUGGUGAGAGGUACCUUUCCUCUGUCCUUUUCCAGUCGAUACGAGAUGAAUGCGAGAAGAUGCAACCAGAGCCCUGAAGUAAAUUUCUAUGGUUUGUAUCUUGGAUAUUCAUAUUAAUUCAAACAUUAAUUGGAGUGCAAGACACAAGAUUCUAAUUAAGAAAUAAAGUACUUGCACUACCAUCAA